UCGAUGGAUUGAUAGGUCAGAUAUCUACUGCCAGUCCAACAUGUCCGUCAGUCUGCAAGUCUGCCAGUCUGCCUGUCUGUCCGUCUGAGACGGGACGGAAAGCGAAGCCGCGAGAGAUCGAACUGUAACGGUACAGCUCACGGAAAGAGAUGAACUACAGGGAAGAGUGGCGAGCGAACGUGGGGGCGACACGUGGCAGCAACGCGAGAGAAAGUGAAGGGGAGAGAGGUGGGAGAAGGCCUUGUCUUAUGGGGUCAUUUCCCGGUUGAUUUGAAGGAAAGGGGGAGAGGUGGGGAGACGGAAAAGGGGGGUGUAGGGAGCGGGAUUUGGGUACGUAUGACUGCGGGAUGAUCGACGAGGUCGGGAGGGGAAGGAAGAAUCGAAGAGAGAGAGUGGGAGCUGCCUGAGAAAUGCGUGCCACGUGGCACCAGUUGAUGCUCGACCACGCCACGGCUACCUCUCGCGCGCCUAAUCGUGUGCAGGUCAUCAGAGUGCGAGGGACUCACGCUUUAACUUUGCCGCUUCUUGUGCUGCCGGUAGCAGCGCCAGGCUGCACGACAGACGAGACGAAGCAGCUCAACGGGCGCAUCGAUCAUGUCGUCAAUCUCAUCGGCGACAUAGGUGUUUUCAACGGGCCGGACACGAUCAGUAGCACGGUGGCCGCCAUCAAGACGAACAUCACCAGGCUACAGACGAGACCGGACGCCGCUAUGAAGACUUACAAGAUGCCGCACUUCGACAUCAACAAGUUCGACGACGACAACAAGUCGGACGCCUUGACAUGGUGGCAACGUUUCCUCACGGAAGCAUCAUGCCGCACUGUCCCGGCGGACGACAUGAUGAAGGGGCUCUACUUGCAACUGAUUGGAGGAGCGCAGGCAUGGAUGAACCAUCUGGCGGCUACCAAGAAAUGCACCAUCGGCGAACUCCACACGCACAUUCCGUGGAAGGAGUUCGAGCAACUGUGGUUCACUCGCUUCAUGGUCCACAACAUUGUGAAGGCGGCGGCCAUGAACGAAGUGUACACAUGCUCACAAGCUGGGCAUGGACGACUCUAUGGGGUCUUGGAGUCACGGGGAGGGGGGACGCGACCAUGUGGAAGUCCCGGAAGCACUGAAAGUGCGGAUGCUGGAACUCUGAGGCCAAUCAGGUCAUCAAGUGUUUCAAGAGCAAGAAAUGGGAAGACAUCUUCCGCAGCUGGAGCUUCAGCUUCGGUAUCCUUUGUGCCACCAAGCACAUCACAGUGUCCGGGAACUGCAAAUUUCGGGAGCAAAGUGAACUCUUCCUGCAAAACAUGGGCCCCGUCUCCAGUGCGCAGCCCACCCGGAUGUUCUACUCGCGAUAAGGGUGUGAGGAAAAGUGGCAGUGGGUCUGCAGCCAUUUCCUCUUCAACAGAUGGAAGAUGGAACCUCUAUGGAGUGUGGGAUAGACAUCAGCAAGUUGAUGAUGGAAAGUUACUAGGAGGGCCAUUGAUAGGAGGCUCGGUGAUGCCGUUGCUAGCAAGAGGUCUGGAUGGAAUCGCGAUGGGGAGAGUAGGAGUGGGGGCGAGUGCGUGGAUUGGGGUUGGAGGACUUGAUGGGAAGAAAAACAAUGUCCAGAAAGGAGCACCACUUUUGCACCGACGGAAGAUGGAGAAACAAACACAGCUCAAAGGUUGCAGCUCGGGUACGGAUGCAUCUGUGGCGUCAGAUCAACGCAUAGCAAACUGGAAGCCUUAUGGUAUGCCAAGCCCCAACAGGACAUCACCACGCGGAGGAUCCGGAUCGAUUGGCAAAUCAAAUAGUGCAGCUAACUCUGAGCAGACAACAAACUCAGAAAAGGGCGGGCAAUUGCACAGAGACUUGGUUUUGGCUCCACAGGGCCACAGACGGGCAAAGUCAGACGUGUUUGGAGUAGGCUUGUCUCCUGUAAAUGGAGUCUGUAAGCCGGUGAGCAAUGAGGCCUUAAACAUGGGUGGAGCAGAAUCCCUUCUGCCUUAUGUGAGGCCACGCCCCGAAGUUCCUGAGUCCCAGGCUAGCAUGGGAAGAGUCUGCGGGGCCAAAGGUAGCUUGACGGAAGAGGAGGUUAACGAUUGCUCGUUAUCGGCCAGACGUGCGGGGGGUCAAGGCGUAUCGCUGUGUGCUCCUGCAGCUGCGAAUUGCCAGGGAGAAACUGUCAGAAUUGAGCUUGUGGGGAUAAGAAGUCUAGAUUCGGAUGCAAGAAAGCCAAAUGGUCAGCAAAGCAGAGCACAAGCAAUUAUUCACUCUGUGGAGACACCAAUCCUUAGGGCGCAGUCUGCGGAUGGCAAUCCCCCGGCGGCGAUGGGAGGUGCCCAUGGUUCGAGUGCCAUGUUGGUGAAUGUUUAUCCUGUGUCUGGCAAAGGUGGCAAGCCAUUGCAAGAUUUCUCCAGUGAGGUUCUUGAUGCAAGUGGCGACUGGAAUGCUCCAGUGGCCAAUGAAGCGAAUGGUCUGUUUGUUAGUGCUGUGCUGGCGUCUACUGGAGAGCAGCCUUCUGCCAGGGAAGCUGAGAUGCCAGCUGGCACAGAAGGAGAUGAAUCAGAUAUAAGAUCUGGUAUGGUGGUGGAUGCUCCUGCAUCAUAUCAGGAGAGCAGUCAGGAGUGCGUUGAGCAGGUUGUCGUGAGAUCCUUGUCAGAGGGGGGUUCGAGAUUGAUGGCAGAUUUGUUAUCCAGAGGCACAGAGGAUUCUGAAGUUAAGCAAGCCAUAGAAAGAAAUCCGGGAAAGACACCUGAGUUGGAACAAGAGAAAAGGAAGGAAGGUCCACUGGAGGUCACUCCUGAGACAUUAUGGAAGGAGGACGUCCUCGUGGGGGAGACCGGAGAACGUCGCGAUAUCGGUGGAGCGGAAGGAGCGGGGAAUGUCCCCGUUGCGGGGGACGAUGCAAGCGAGGGUGUUGAAGUUGCGGUCGUCGGGAGAGGUGUCGUAGCAGUAGGUUGUGAGGAGGGGAGGGAAACGGGAAGGGAAGUGAUGGGGGUGGAAGAAGGUGUGGUGGAGGACGGUGGGGGGGUGGUGUUGGAGGAUGAGGCCUGGCCGGCUUGGCCNAGGGAAACGGGAAGGGAAGUGAUGGGGGUGGAAGAAGGUGUGGUGGAGGACGGUGGGGGGGUGGUGUUGGAGGAUGAGGCCUGGCCGGCUUGGCCGGCGGAGAGGCUUUGGGCAAGUUGGCCGGAAGAAGAUGGUCGGCCGGUUUGGCCGGCGGGGGUGGAUUGGAUGGAUUGGCCGGAGGAGGAGGGGGGUGAUGACGUUGUGACGAUGGUGAUGGCGGGUGUGUGGUUUUCGAGGGAGGUGACACGAUCGGAUAUGGAGAUCAUGGAGGCCUCGAUUUUGCGGAGCGAGGCGGAGAGUGCUUGAAACAUGGAGAGGAGACGAGUGUUCUCCUCGGUGCCUGGCUGGUCGACAAGCUUGCGGUGGAUAUCCUCGACGGAAUCCAUGCGGAGCGAGCCCAUGUUGUUGCUUGAGGUGCCUUCGGCCAUGGGGAGGGACGAAGGUGGGACAGGGGGAGAAGAUGGAGUGGAGGGGACAACGGAGGUGGCAGCAGCGGCGGCAGCAGCGGCGCGUUGGGCGAUUUUGGGUAGGUGGGGUGGCAUGUGGUUUUAGGGGGGGGGGGUUUAGAAAAACGAUGGGUGAUUUAAAUUGGACUUAGGGGGAAGGUGUUAUGGGGGGGGAAAGGGGGGGGGGAGCGGGAAAAAAAAUUCGGGGGAAAAGGAAAGGGAAAAAUUAAAAUUUCAAAAUAAUGAAAUUUAAAUUUAUUC